AUGCUCGACAGCGUGAAACCCUUCAACGAAUGCAUUCGCAUCCUGCUCGAAAGCGUGCAACUGGACCCUCACUUCGUCGAAUUCUACGAUUGGUCCAAGCUGCUGGGCCACGAGCCGGAUAAUAUACAGAUUGUCGCCAACGAGGUUGCUAGCAGGGAUGGCAAAGAUAUACACUUCGAGGGCGGGUGGCAUAUUGCUUAUCAUGACGAUAGCGACUUCGGCCACGACAAGUCCCUCGCAAUCAAACCCUACGCCGCCCUCUCGGCGAACGAGCGUCCCAUCCUUCUCUACGCCGGAGAUGGCGUUACGGAUCUAUCAUCAGCUUCACAGACGGGAUCUACUCUUCGCCAAGAAAGGACAUGGUAG